AUGAUAGUAUUAAAUUUAAAUGCUCUAGAUGAGAAACGCAAUAAAGUGAAAUUUCAAAUUACUGGUGAUGACAUUGAUACAGAUUCAGCAAUAAUACUCAGUAAUCAUGUAUCUCUUGCAGAUCAUUUUGUAAUAGCAUACUUGGCAAGAAAUUCAUGUACUACUACUACUGAUUCUUCCAAACUUGAAAAUAGUAUAGUAUUACCACGAGUUAACUUCUUUUCAUGGUUCUUAGUAUGGAGAGUACCCACAUGGAAAGUAUUAUUUAAUAUGGCCAAAUGUGAUGAAAAUUGGGAACUUGAUGAAUCUUUACUAGAUUCUGUAUUUUAUAAGGUUCUUCACAGUAGAACUCCAGAGUGGUUGAUUAUGUUUCCUGAAGUAAAUAUAUUUACGCAUGAGAAUGCUUUAAUUCAGCAACAACAGAGUUCAAAAUAUUGUUUACCACUCCUUGAAAAUGUUCUUUAUCCAAGAUUUUCUGGUAUAUUUAAUUUGGUAAGUGCCAUUCAAAAGCUGAAUAAUUUUAAAUUCACUAAAAUAUAUGACAUUAAUCUACUCUAUCUGAGAGAACUGAAUAAUCCAAAGAACAUAUUCAUUACUCCUACUUUGUUUGAUAUAUUUACCUCAUCAUCACCUCCAAUUACUGUACAUAUAUUCGUUAAAACAAGAUUUCUUUCAAGAUUACCCCAAAAGAGAAGUAAGGUAGAGAGAUAUAUAGAGCAUGCUUGGGUGGAUAAAGAUAAACAACUAACUGAACAAAAGAAAAGAUUAAUCAACGAUUAUCAAAUCAGUACUUCAAACUAUCAUAUUGAUCUUGAAACCACUGCACUUAAUUCUUCUUAUUAGACUAUGUACAAUAUU